AUGGGCAAGUCGCAGAGCAAACUCUCGCCGGAACAGCUUGCAGAUCUCCAGAAACACACCUACUUCGACAAGCGAGAACUCCAACAGUGGUACAAGGGCUUCCUGAAGGACUGCCCGUCCGGCCAGCUCGACAAGGCUGAGUUCAGCCGAAUAUACAAGCAGUUCUUCCCCUUCGGCGACCCUGGCGAGUUUGCGGACUACGUCUUCAACGUCUUCGACGAGAACAAGAACGGCACGAUCGACUUCAAGGAGUUCAUCUGCGCGCUCAGCGUCACGAGCCGCGGCCGGUUAGACGAGAAGCUCAAAUGGGCAUUCCAGCUGUAUGACAUCGACGGCGAUGGUUUCAUCACGUACCAGGAGAUGCUGCAGAUCGUGCAGUCGAUCUACAAGAUGACGGGGCAGAUGGUGAAGCUGCCGGUGGACGAGGACACGCCGGAGAAGCGCGUCGACAAAAUAUUCCGGAACAUGGACAGGGACAAGGACGCUAAGCUGACCUUUGACGAGUUCGUGGAGGGGAGCAAGCAGGACCCGACGAUCGUACAAGCCCUGUCACUAUACGACGGACUAGUAUAG